AUGUCUGACAAAAAGACGUCAGGUACAGCCACAUCGGCUACCAAGAAAGCCUCCGCUGCUGCCAGUAAAAAACCAGCAACCACCACUCCUGCUCCACCAAAAGCAGAAAAGGUCGAAGCAACUAAAAAACCAGCAACAGCCACUGCUACACCAACACCUGCAGCAGCAGCAGCAGCACCACCGGCACCUACUAAACCUAAGGCACCAACUACUAAAUCAACAUCAUCAUUAGCUAAAACAUCAACAAAAGUCACCAAAAAAACAACAACAACACCCAAAGGUGGCAAAAGUGGUGCUAAAAAGAAAAACAAGGCAAUUAAAUAUUAUAUCGAUUGUACACAUCCAGUUGAAGAUGGUAUUUUUGAUCUUGCUGCAUUUGAACGAUUUUUACUUGAAAAAAUGAAAAUUAAUGGUAAAACAUCAAAUUUAACCGGUAAUGUUGCUGUUGAAAAAGCCAAAUCGAAAAUUUCAGUUACAUCUGAAAUACCACUUUCAAAACGAUAUAUGAAAUAUUUAACAAAGAAAUUCUUGAAAAAACAUGAACUUCGCGAUUGGUUACGUGUUAUUGCUAAUUCAAAAGAUUCUUAUGAAUUACGUUACUUCAAUAUUAAUCAAGAAGAAAAUGAAGGCGAAAAUGAAGCCUAA